UAUUUCAGUCGUAGAACGAGUGGCGUAGUUUCACCCAGUGAGCUACCUGAUUCGCCCACACAAACAGUUUUAUCGAGUCCACGAAAUCAUAAAACCCAGAAUACAGAAUUUAUAUCAAAGAUACAAGAAGAAGCAGUAAGACCGUCGGUCCAACAUUUAUUAUUUUCUAAACCUCAUAUCACAAGGAAUAGUGUUUUUGAAGAUGACAUUGUCACUUUUAAAGAAGAAUCAACACCAAUUGAAUUUUCCAGUACAACAAGUCUGAGCUCUCUUACAAUAGAUGAUGAAAUUAAAAUACCUAAUGAUACUAAGAAGACAUAUUGUAAAGAGAAAGAAGUAUUUGAUACAAAUAAAACAGAUACAGUUCAUAUACUUGAGAAAGAUAUGUUUAAUAUAAAAAUAAAUAGCUCAGAAAGUAACUUGAAAGAGGAACAAGUAAGUGAUGGUGAUGAAGAUGAUGAGGAUAUGUUGGCUGCUUGUAUUAAUAUGGGAAUGCAAACUAACAGAUAUAGACAGUCUCUGAACGCUCAAAAAUCUAUUCAACCAGAAUCGUCAAGCAUUUUAAUGCCAUAUCAGAGAAAUUCUGUUCCAAAUAGAUUGGAAUCGCAUAUGACUCCUACUAACACAUCUGUUGAUACUUCAAAAAAUAGAACUGCGAUGGAGAUUGUUACUUCAGAUACUGUACAUGUAUAUUGCACCGAAGAUACGCCAGCAGAUAUCUCUCCAGUAGGAUCUCAAUCUAAUUUAUCUGCGCUCUCAAUACCAAGUGUACAGGAAGAUAUAGAGAAGAAUGUUUGUGAGCAAGACAAAUUGAUGGAGAUUAAUUGCCAUAAAAAUGACUUGUUUGAUGAAAAUUCCAAUCUUUCGGGCGAAGAUGAAAAAAUAUUAGAUGAAUGCAUUCAAUCGGGUAUACCUAAGGCAAGACAGAUAACUCCACCUCCAAAUGGCAUUCUGUUUGUCAAAAAAUCUGAAAUACUAUCACACAAGUUUAAUAUAUGUGGUACACCAUCGUCUUCACCUGUUGAGACAAAUCAUGGAAAUAAAAAUUCCAUGUUGAGUCCCAAAUCGUCAGGUAGCGCAUCAUUGAGACAUCCGGACGAAUUUUCAGAUGAUAGCGUAAAUCAUUCAGAUGACGAUGCAAUUUUGACGGAAUGUAUACAAUCCGCAAUGCCAAAGGCAAGAUUUAGUUUAUCACCGUCAAUUAGAUCGCCAUUAGCACAAACUAUAGAAAAUCUUGCAACAAUGAACAUACAGUCAUCUCCCACUUCAUCAACAUUUUUUCAGCCAAGAUGUAUGGAACAAAAAAAAAAUAUAGUGAAAAAGUUCUUGUCUUUCGAAGACAAUGGACUUUCUGAAGAAGAAGAAGAAGAAGAAGAAGAUAUGUUAGCACAAUGUAUUAAAUCUGGUAUGCCAAAAGUACUAAAUGCUAUAUCAUCUACAGCAAUGACACCCACAAUCAAAACAUCUGAACCAUCUUUGAAAGCCGCAAACAAUUUUUCCAUCCCUUCGGUUUCUUAUAUUGCGAAUAAAUCUUAUUCUCCCAGGAAUACCACGCUGUAUUCACCAUCGUUGUACAAAUCUGCGAACAUCAACACAACGGAUGUACGUUUCACGAGAAAUAUAUCCGGCAAUUUUAACUACUUUCCUGGGAAAACAACAAGCAGUAAUAUAACACAAACUUCCAUUCAGACAUUAAAAAAUUGUGAUAACGGUACGCGCGAAAGGAUAAACAUUUCACCGCAUUGUGCUCGAAGAUCGUCGCUUCAUCAUAUAGAGAGUCAAAACGGUAGUUUUGUCGAUAAUUUAUAUGCGCCCUUGCAAUCUUGCGAUGUGAAAUGUAUGCCGAUUUGUAAUAGGAUUAAAAAUAGCGACGAUUAUACAUGUAAAAAUCACAACACAGUGAAAUCCAACAUGAUGCCUUCGCGACACAGUUCAGCGAGUUCCCUUAGUGAAGAUGGUUCGUUGAUUUCUACAGAAGAAUGGGCCCUACUAGAAUUGUGCAUCACUUCUGGUAUGCCUAGAAACAAGUGUCAUGUUAAAGGAACUAAACCUAAUGAGAGUGCAAUCUCCAAUAGUCACGAGGACUACGAGCCGAUACCGGAGGACAAUUAUUCGGUGUGCAGUUACAAUUCGUAUGUUUGUAAGACAUAACAUGCAGAUAUCGCGUGUACUAGAGUUUCUCUCUCUUUUUUUGGCAAUUGUAUAUACAAUAUUAAAAA